AUGUGUUUCAUCAUAAUAGUGCACGAUAAAUUGAUACCAUACGCGGACAAGAUCACCCCGGAGCCAAUCCUGAACAACAAUGCAGACCGGGACACAAAGGCGGACUCGAUCAGAAACAGUUAUAAUAGUCAAUUCAAAGUUGGCAUCUACGGUUGGCGAAAGAAAUGCCUUUAUAUUCUUGUCAUGGCGCUCAUGUUUAUGAUGAUUAUUAAUCUGGCGCUCACGCUGUGGGUAUUGAAAGUCUUGGAUUUCAAUUCGGAAGGGAUGGGCCAACUCCGUAUAGUACCGGGUGGCUUGCAACUUCUAGGUCAAGCUUUAGUGCUAGACUCGCUGUUCGCUUCUAGCAUCAAAUCUCGUCGAGGACAGCCUAUUACCAUAGAAUCUUCGAGAAAUUUUAGCGUCUCCACGAGAGAUCCACACGGAUUAUUGCAAAGCAGGUUGUUUUUGGGUCACGACCGCCUAGAAGUAAACGUAGCCCGAUUAGAAGUGCGUGACUCCCGUGGGGCGCUGUUGCUGGGCGCUGGUCAAGACACUGUGACAGUAGGCGCUGAUACUCUCACAGUCACAAGUCCCGCUGGCGUUAACUUGCAUACAGCUGUACAAACACCGCUGGUGCGAGCACCACCAGCUAAACAAUUAGUGUCAGUAUACUUGUGACGAUAUUUCGCAUCAUCAUUAUCAUCAGCCCUGUUACGUCCCGUCAGGCCUUCCUUAUGGAUGUUUAAGGAGGAUGGACCAUGACUCUCCACGCUCCCAAUGCGGCUUACAGAGCAUUAAAGACCGUAAAUUAAGCUGGGACCAACGGCUUAAUGUGCCUUCCGAAGUACGGAGUAACUCGAGAUAAUAUUUUUUUUGGCCAUCUCGUGACCAACUCUUGCGAAAGUUGCUUAACAACAACCAACGCGUGCCGCGGAGCUUAUCCACUACGCCAUCGAGCUACUCAUCACCAGCCAUUAUGUCCCAACUACUGAUACACCUGCCUUCUCUAUGUUCACUGCACACAGGGAGAACAGGGAAUCGAUUUUGUGA